CGACUAUUUAUGCUAAUGCUAAUUAAUGGCCUGAUUAGCAUAAUGCUAAUCCCAAGAUUCAAGCUCAUUUGCUCUUUUACAAAAUAUGUCGCUUUUAACCAGACUUAUUUGGCUGUAUUUGUGCAGGUGUCGCAAGCGUUUUCCGUUUUGUUUGUCAAUGUAAUUGUUGUUCCUGUAUUAAAUUAUCCUCGUUUUGUCUAAAUUAAUGGAUCCAUUUUAAGGACGUUAGCCGCCUGUGGAGAGCAAACUUCCUCGCCCUGCCUUUAGGCUAGCUAUUAGCCUGCUUCUGCAGUACCUUCUUCACCUGUGAGAGGUGGUAUUAAACAAAACAAAAACCCAAAAAUUAACAUUUACUCCUAUAAACAAGUCUCUUUACAAUAUCUUUACUAUAUUUUAUGAGCAUUUAGUCUAAAGGUACACUCUUAUAAUAAGAUAUUGUAGUGUUGUCUCACAGAGGAGGAGAGCUGCAGUGAGCUAAUCACCCAGUCAGGUUCACACCUUGUUAACACCACCAUUUAGCUUUGCGCUACAUUUCGCCGAUUAUUGACUUACAUUUGCGAUCAAAUAGCGCCUCUUUAUCGCUGUUUACCGAUGAGCUGAACGGCUCUAACGCUUUUCAUAUAAAACGCCGGCGAUGUGGAGGUGUUCACUCAGUCGCUUCAGUGAACACGAAGUUUUCCUCUUCGUCCCAGAGAACUCGGUCGUGAAAACAUGGUUUCUGCUGUCUUCGUCUUCUUCUUCCUCCUUGUCUCUAUAGCUAGUCUGGGUAACUCCAGGCCUUCUCCUGACUACUCAGAAAACCGCUUUCCUGUGGAGAACGAGUCGGUGGAAGUUCGUUCGGCUGCUAUUAAACGUCUUUUGGAGGUUUUUGGGAUGGAAGACCCUCCUGCUUCUCUGAGUCGAGGACACAAGCAGCCUCCUCAGUACAUGCUCGACUUGUACAACACGGUGGCGGAUGUGGACGGGGUCACCAAAGACCCUACUUUACUGGAGGGAAACACAGUCCGCAGUUUCUUUGACAAAUUACACAGUCAUCAGGUCGAGUUCAUGUUCAACUUGUCCACUGUAGCCAGAAAUGAGAAGGUGCUUACAGCAGAGCUGCAUCUGUUCAAACUGAGACCUCAAGCAUCACUCACUUUCAACAGAUAUCACUUUUGUCAGGUCAAUGUCUAUCAGCUUCUUGAUAACACCAAAAUGAAUGUCUCACAAGGAAGGAAGCUUGUGUCUUCAAGACUCAUUCCCAUUCAUUCCAACGGCUGGGAAGUUUUCACCAUCACACAAGCGGUCCGCACAUGGAUGAUGGAUGAGCACAGUAACCUGGGUCUCCUGGUGACCGUGCGGACUCUGGCAGGUGUUCAGCUGGACAUGAGGACUGUGCGGUUUGCCUCAGGGCAGAGCCACCAUCACAGCAAGCAGCCCAUGCUGGUCCUCUUUACUGACGAUGGCAGACGUGUCACCUCUCCAGAGGGUGCUCUGAAAGGUUCUGAUGAUUCACUAGCUGGCCCCAAGCUCCUUCUGCCCAGCCUGACUCUCCCAGGGCCUGGGCAUCGUAGUGCUCGCUCCCUUGACUAUGACGAAGACCCAGAUAGGAAGCCGUGCCAAAGACUGCCACUGUACGUCGACUUUGAGGAGAUUGGCUGGUCUGGGUGGAUCGUAUCUCCCCGUGGCUACAAUGCAUACCACUGUAAAGGGUCCUGUCCCUUUCCUCUGGGCCAAAACAUGAGACCCACAAACCACGCCACUGUGCAGUCCAUCAUCAACGCACUCAAGCUUACCAAAGGCAUAGAGACACCAUGUUGUGUGCCCGACAAGCUCUUCUCCAUCAACCUCCUGUACUUCGAUGAUGAUGAGAAUGUAGUUCUAAAGCAGUACGAUGACAUGGUGGCAGGAAGCUGUGGUUGCCACUGAGAUCAUAAAUCUGUAUAUAUUGUGUAUUUAAAGAACUCCAAUUCAGAUGUAGGAAGUAGCUGAAAAACAGAUAUCUGCCAAAGAAAGAAUGUGGCUUGCUGAUUAUGAAAACCUUUUAGGGUUGGUUUCAUGAGGUUUUGCUACUUUACUGCAAAAUCAAUAGCACUAAUGAAUGGUGUGUGGUAUCCUGUAAAAUCUGGACUGGAACCCAGCUGAAAUGACAGAUUGCUUCUUACAGCUUUGUACAAUAUGUAAAUAGAUAUAAAUACUAAUAUAUGGAGGAGCUUGAGUGGGUCACUGUAAAUUUGUAUAUUGCAUGUUGUGAACUAUUA